CGCGUGCUGGCGCAAUAGCGAAUCUAUACAGUAAGUUCAUCCAAUUUUGCCUUCUGUCUCGAAUCAUAUACCUAUCCAUCGCCUCCUCGUGUCCUCUGUCUGUCCAACAAAUAAACCCGUCAGAAUGUCUGCCAUCUCGUCCCGUCUCUCGAAGCUGUUUCGGCCUUCCUCCCAGCCACAUUGAACACUGUCGUACACCUACAAAUUUGGAAUUCAAGCUUGCCAUCCUCUGAGUCUCGAGAACAUAGCUACGGAAUAGACUACACUCCCGUUUCCAUACAGACGUGCCUUAUCCCACCGUCGACGUUAGCAUCCGAGGUUCAAACGCAUAUCCCCAGUAGGGAAGCUCGCACACCGGCCGUUUCCAGUUCCACAUUGACAAGCACAGCCCCUGUUACGGCGCUUAUCCCGUGCGGGUCUCGAGUCGCUCGCAACAAAAGAAUUCUUGCGGAACCGGACAUCGGGAGGAGCGGCCAAGUGACAGCUGCUCUACGACCGGCCUGACCACACUCUGCCUGCCUAACCACUUGCUAACCUACUAUUGUCAGAACGCCCUAAGCAGACAGCUUGAGGAUAGCUCUGUCUUCUCCAUCAUUAAGCAAGGUUGUUUUCUUUGGCUACCAUUGUUUUGACUUGUCAAGUGCCAUAUCGGCUACCACAGACCAGCUCACUUCGCUGCCUGCAAAGCCUCAAGUUUAAACAUCAAAAUAUUAAAACCCACCGGGUUAACCAUCAUCAUGGCUGCCCCCGAAAGCGACCUUAUGGCCUUCUACCAAAGGUUUCAAACCCUUAGUCUUUUUAACGACAGCAGCGCGAGGCUGAUAGAGGACCUCCUCCUUUACUCCAAAAACGUUGAGGAUGCUCUCCGCGACGAAAACAGAGCCCUUAGGAGACAGCUUACAGAUGCCCAGCUCGAUCUUGAGGAUGCCACUCGUUCUAGAAGAGACCUCCAGCAGCAGGUGGCGAAUACCGAGUCUCGUAACAGGGACCUUGCUCAAGAUAAUCAUCACUUGAAGAACAACAAUCCUUUUGUGGUCGUCCUCAUAGACGGUGACUGCUGUUUGUUUAAAGAAGCCUUAAUCAGACAAGGAGUCGAAGGCGGUAAAAAGGCGGCUUAUGCUUUGCGAAGCGCUAUUCUUGAGCAAUGCGGCGAUUUUGCGGGCAAUAUGGAAGUCAUUGCAAAAGUCUAUGCCAACCUCGGUGGCUUGGCCAAAGCCAUGAGACGCAACGGAUGCCUGGAGGCUGAGGAAACUCUCAAGGAGUUCACCAUUGGCUUUACUCAAGGAAAGGCAACCUUUGACUUUGUUGAUGUUGGCCACGGAAAGGAGCGCGCGGAUAACAAGAUUAAAGAAACGGCGAAAUGGAAUUUGCGCAACUACAACUGUAAGCAGCUUCUUCUCGGCAUUUCGCAUGAUGCCGGCUAUGCUCCAUUCCUGGAUGAGCUCUUCCAAGAUGAGACCAAGAAGCGCCGCGUUACCGUCGUCGAAGGUAUUCCGACUGUUCGCGAACUCGUGUCCACCGGCGUCAACAUUUUGAACUUCAACGACGAAAUCUUCCGAUCGGAGAAGCUGGUAGACAAGACAUCACUGCGCACCAACACUUCUCCCUUGAUUACCACGUCAUCUUCAUCUACCACCACUCCUACUGUCAGCAACGGCAAUCUUCCGACUCCCACCAGCUCCACCACGUCUACGCCCGCGAACGCAACUGCUAGUUAUGCCGGAGCUAUUGGAAACGCGAGCCCUCCGCCCAAGAUCACGCUUCCUAUCCAGCCUAGACCUGUGAACGCAAAUGCUCGUGCCUCGGCCACCCCGAAGCAGCCGGCCUGGAACCCCGGUCCUCGUGGCUUGGACCCGCCCAUCAAGGUCUCACCAGCUGCUCUGGAAAGUAUCAAGAAAAGGAAGGACAACAACAAACUUUGCAACAAUCAUUAUCUAAGGGGUCCCUGUUCAAAGGGCGACGCCUGCUGCUUCGAACACAAGUAUAAGCCUAGCAAAGAAGAGAUUGACGCUAUUGCCUUCUUGGCCCGCUUGAACCCUUGCACCAGCGGCCAGGAUUGCGAUGUCGAAGAUUGUAUUUAUGGACACCACUGCCCCAACGUCAAGGACGGUGUCUGCACUCAUCCUUAUUGCAAAUUUGAGGAUGCCGAUCACCCGCCCGGCACGAAGUACAGAAGCACAAAGACCUAUGACUACUUCUCUUAAACAGGGAACGACGUAGCUUUAAGGGGAGCUCUGACGCGGUGUGGAGAAGAUGGGCGUCUGCGAGUGAAGACCCAUCUGAUGAAGGGGGUUUCCUCAAAAAGAGUUUGGGAAAAGAAAUUUAUCGAAGAGGAGGCUUUCUCAGCGAAGGGAAUGCGAUGGCGAGCUGUCCGAAUAGGAGGCAUCUGAGAUGAAAGGCACCAAGAAACGGAUUUCACGCUCAGGGGCUUGCUGUGGCUGUUGCCUUUUGCGAACUGAUCAUUUCUCUAGUCUAUUCAAAUCAGGAGUCAGAAUUUAGGAGAUAGUUUGAGUUGUUUGUUGUUUGCGGAUGCUAAACAGCGGAGGAACAUGACGUACAAAAUACAAUCUAGUUUGUUUGUUAGCUUAGUACAUACCUGUUCCAAGUACACUUGGACGAGAUCA